UGCUGUGUCGGGCACUUCCGGUUGUUGUCUGCCUGGUUGUGUGGUGACUGCGUGGAGGCUCUCGGGGCGUCGGCGCCGCCAUGGCCGGCAUCAAAGCUCUCAUCAGUUUGUCCUUCGGGGGAGCAAUUGGGCUCAUGUUUCUGAUGCUUGGAUGCGCCCUUCCAUUAUACAACCAAUACUGGCCCCUGUUUGUUCUGUUUUUCUAUAUCCUUUCUCCUAUUCCAUAUUGCAUCGCCAGAAGGUUAGUGGAUGACACAGAUGCCAUGAGCAAUGCUUGUAAGGAACUCGCCAUAUUUCUCACAACUGGCAUUGUGGUCUCUGCUUUUGGACUUCCCAUAGUAUUUGCCAGGGCACAUCUGGUAAGUGUGUCAUAGAGGAGGGAGGG